AUGAACUUCGGAACAGUGGUUGUCAUUGCUGGAUUUUCUGGGUUAUUCAGCUUCGGUUUCUUGGCUGCAGCUAUUGGCAGCGAUUAUUGGUACAUAAUAAAGGUGAAUCAAGAGAAUCUCACCUACUCCGAAGACCUGGAUUCUCACUCUGGGCUGUGGAGAAUAAAUGAAGGUAAAAAUGCCAGCUCCUAUUUCAUCCACCCUUUCACUGAGGACACCUCCGACUACACUGAGCCUGAAAGACAUCUGCUCAGUAUGCACAAGGUGAUCGUCAUCCUGCUGCCCCUCAGCCUGGUGCUGCUGGUGUUCGGUGGAAUCUGCAGCCUCGUCAGCUCCCUGGCCCAUAGUCGCACGCUCCUCAUCGCCUCCGCCUCCUACUUCCUCUUCUGCAGUCUCUUCACCCUGUCUGGCGUCAGCAUCUACAUCAGCUACUCCCAGCAGGCAUUGCAAGAGAUCGAGAGGCAGGUGGGGCCGGAGCUGCUGGCCCGCGUGCACGUGUCCUUCGGCUGGUCGUUGGGCCUGGCCUGGCUCUCCUACGGUCUGGAGCUCACCACCGCAGUCCUGCUGCUGCUGGCAGCCCACAUGACCCGUCUGCAGCAGACCAGCGAGUUCAGCACCACCAUGGCCAUGGGCUAG